AUGUGGCGGUGGCUCGGCAGGAAGGGCCCCUCGGGUUUCUCCUCCUCUUCCACGGCGGAAGAGGUCACAGAAGGAAUCGACGGCACCGGACUGACGGCCGUCAUAACAGGUUCUGCGUCUCCGACUGCAUCGUGUGUAGAAUCCUCCAUUUCUGACUCCUCUCGCUUUCAAUUUACCCGUUUAUGUUGUCCCUCCCGCUCAGAUUCAUAUUCUUGAGACCUUCCGGCUCGGACUGUUCCGUUUGAAUAUUCCGCUCGAGUCUUCUUUUAUUCUCAAAAGCUGUGCGAUCCGAGCACCCUGAUUCAUCGUAUGCACGUGUCAGGAGCAUCAAGUGGAAUCGGGAAAGAAACAGCUCGGGUUCUUGCGCUGCGUGGUGUCCACAUAGUCAUGGGAGUGAGGAACUUGUCUGCCGGUAACAGUGUCAAGGAGGAAAUCGUUAAGGAAAUCCCUGGAGCUAAGAUUGACACGUUGGAACUGGAUCUCGCCUCCAUGGCGUCGGUCAGAAAAUUCUCCACUGAGUUCAGAAGUUUAAAUCUCCCACUGAACAUUCUAAUGUGAGGAGAAUCACAAACCUGAAGAUUAUGAGUCGUUUCGAACAAUCCGUUCUGAACCCGUUUCAACUCGACACUUUCUAAUCUAAUAUUCCGAUGAUCUUACCCUUUUCAUUCAACAGAAAUAAUGCUGGAAUUUGGGCUUGUCCCUUUUCUCUUUCCAGUGAUGGAAUAGAGAUCCAAUUUGCGACAAACCAUGUAGGUAUGAUCAAAAUUUCUUUCUGGAUCUAUGAUGUAUUUUUUUCCUUAAUUUAUCAAAUACUCGCAGAAUACUCAGGCAUGUCAUAUGGCCUUCUUUGUCCUCCAGGUCACUUCCUGUUGACAGAUCUUCUACUGGAGAACAUGAAGAAUGCAGCCAAAAAUAGUAACAUCGAAGGAAGGAUUGUCAAUCUCUCAUCUGACACGCACGCGUUAGUAUAUGGAGAGGGCAUUCAAUUCAAUAAGAUGAAUAUGAAGUUCAAGUAAGUAAUAUCAUCUUUCCUUAUGAUCAAGGAUUUGGUAUCAAUAACCCAAGGAGCAGGGGAAAGGCAGAUACUGCAUACUAUGGUAGGUUCUGGAAUUUUAGACAGACUCUGUAAUGCUUAGAUUCAGCUCGGAAAGGAAUUGGGUUGAUCCAGACAAAAAUCUUUCCUUCUUUCUAAACAAUAAACUUAAGAAGCAAGCUUGGAAAUUUUUACUUGGCAGUUUAGAUGCAUGGAUAUGCUCUUAUCUUCUCACAAAGAUUGGAAUUGUCACAGGUACAAUAUCAUCUUAGCAUAUGGGCAAUCAAAGCUUGCUAACAUUCUACAUGCCAAUGAGCUUUCUAGACGUUUCAAGGUACCACUUUACAAAAUAUUCUUUGACAAGGUUUGAGAACACAAUUUUGUCGUAAUUAUUUUGGCGCAAUGGCUUUAUUUUUUUGUUGCCUGUCUGCUCAUCUGCCUAGUCUUUCAUGUCUCAUAAUUGUGAAAUCCUAACAAACUGGAUACAAGGAAUAUAGACACGGCGAUUUUUGAUAAUGUACACUCGAAUGUGAACUUUCACCACAGGUUUCGCAACUUUUCCUCUGACUAGGAUUUUGAUGUAAACCCAAUACUUUAAACUUAAACCAAAUAUUAACAUUUUUGCACACGAAAUUAUCUCCUUUCAAAAAUCACUUUUCCCCAGGCUUUCAUUGUGCUUUCAUGGUGUCCAUCCUAUAUUUAACUCAAGAACCAAUUGAAAGCAGUGCGAGUUUGAUCUUUGAAAAUCAUCGAAAGCUGUAUACCUUUAGGUUUAUCCAUCUAAUGACGACGACGAUGGUUGACUUUGGUUUUUUACAGGAUGAAGGGAUCAACAUUACAGCUAAUUCAGUUCAUCCAGGAGCUGUGUUGACGAAGAUAUUCAGAUACCACAGUAUCAUAAAUGGUGAGAGACCAAGCUCUGUUUCACCCUUUCCUACAUUAUGUUCAUGUUCUAACUCAACUAUGUGAAAGAAAAUACAUCAUUUGACUUAUGCACCCCUUUCAUUGAAGUGCCAAUGGGCUGCACAACCUUGACCUCAGCCUCAAAAUGAAACCCGGAAAGAUAAAAAUAAUCCCAGUGCGGCCUCACAUUUAUCUCUCUCUCUCUCUCUCUCUCUCGCUUAGGAUUCAAAGGUGGGGGUGGGCCUGAACCGGCUUUCACAAAGGUCUUGCUUGGAUGGAUUGAACCGGCUUUCCUUUGGGCAUUAUGGCCUGUUGACAACAAUCUAUAUAACUUUUUCUCAAUCUCCCAAUAGUAACUUAUUGAAAGCUCCCUUCUUCUGUCUCCCGCCCUGGUGCAGCCAUAUGUUAUUCACUAGGGCAGCUGGUGAUGAAAAAUAUUCAGCAAGUAAGUGCAGCCUUGAACUCAGUGUAUCUUGUGCUAUAUGUUCAGCAUGGGUUCGUCUUGAUGUCCUCUCACCAUCCCCUUUGCAGGGAGCGGCGACGACGUGCUAUGUGGCCCUGCACCCGCAAGUCCAUGGUGUAAACGGGAGCUACUUUUGCAACUGUAACAUCUCCAAGCCGUCGUCGAAGGCUGAAGACCAGGAACUCGGCAAGAAGCUAUGGGAGUUCACUGAGACCCUUGUCAGCUCUUGA